CUACGGUCACUCUGAAAGUGAACUUCCCGCGAGAUGCUUUUAAUUUUUUAGUUUUUUUAUGUUUUAUGACAUAUAUUAAUGAAUUAGCUCAUUGAAACUCAGCUUAAAUGGACAACUGCAAUUUCACCAUGGAUUUGGAGAACAACAACAACACGCAGUUAACCGGAAAGGAACCGGAAAAAUUUGCGGAGAAGCGAAAAUCUGUAAUUACCUCCGAUGACAAGGCAGGUGAAACCAAAAGACUGAAAGUGGCGGAUCCCGUUGUGAAGGCCACACAACGUCCGCCCACGCAGAGUCCGAAAAAACGUCUCCAACUGAACGGGAAGCCCAAGCACAACAAAGAUCUUAACUUCACUUACGGCAACUAUAAACACUAUUAUGGCAAGCGAAUCCUGGAUAAGGACUUCCACGAUAUUCGCCUGGACGUGCUAGGCACCAAGCCCGAAUUGUUCCGGGGUAAACAGCUCCUGGACAUUGGAUGCAACUCCGGGCAUCUGUCGAUCCAGAUUGCAAGAACCUUCGAGGCCAAGAGUCUCGUGGGCCUGGACAUAGAUCGUGGCCUGGUCAAGGAUGCGCAAAAUACCAUCAACCACUUAAAGCGACAAGUGGACAAUAAGCAGGGAUUCCCCCACAACAUGAAGUUCGUUCAGGGCAACUAUGUCCUGGAUGACGAUGUGCUGCUGGAAAUUGAGCGACCACAGUUUGAUAUUAUUCUCUGCCUGUCUGUCACCAAGUGGAUCCACCUUAACUUCUGUGAUUCCGGCUUGAAGCAGGCCUUCCGCCGCAUGUACCUGCAGCUGCGCCCGGGCGGCAAGCUGAUCCUGGAGCCUCAGUCCUUUGACGGCUAUAAGAGGCGCAAGAAGCUAUCGGAACAAAUAAGAGAGAACUACAACGCUAUUAAAUUCAGACCUGAACAAUUCACAGAAUAUCUGCUUAGCUCAGAAGUAGGCUUUGCCAAAAUGGAACCCAUGGGCACACCCGAGCACUGCGAAGCCGGAUUCAAGCGACCCAUUCAAGUUUUUACAAAAACAUAAAAUAAUAAAAACCAGAGUAAACUUGAUCCAAAGAAAUGGUCGGAAAAACUUUUAAUAAAUAUAAACAGCAAGAAGGAAGUCCUUGACAUCGAAUCAGUA